UCGCAUUUGCUAGUUCUAAGUUUUGCUCUCGUACAUUCUUAAAAAUAAUUCUGGAAAUAUUAUUCUGCCUCGAUAUUUAAGAGCUAAAAUUAAACAUGAAAAUCUGAAAUGAAAUUGAGUUUUUGUUUUCCUUUACUCACUCAUGUGCAAUGUAAUGUGAUAGUUGGCUAAUUUUCCUGUACUUUGUAUCGGUCUUCGACCAUGAAAUCCAGCAAACGAAGACUUCAAGCGCUUACGGAAGGUUCUGAUGGACUACCAAAUUAUAUCAAAAUGGAAGAUUCAGAAAUUUCCUUACCACCAGCACUUAGAUCGCGUUUACAUGAACUAUUUUCACAAAUAGAAAAAGAGUUUGACCUUCUAUAUACUGAAAAUUUGAAUCUGCAAGAGAAAAUUGAUUUUCUUAGUGAAAAACUGGAACGAGAGAGCUAUAUUGGUGAUAAACAGAAUCAGGAUUUAAUUGAAUUUGAAACAGCUGGAAAGAAUUCUAAAGUAAAAUUAUCUCAAAGUAACUCCCAGAAAGUAAAAGCAAGUCACAAACUCAGAGUUCAGACAAGCAAGAUUGUGUCAAGUUUUAAAGCUCCCACAUACAAUUGUCAGCUGGUGAGAGAGUUCACUGGUCAUAAGGAUGGUAUCUGGGACGUUUCUACAGCUAGACCAGGGCAAGCACUUAUUGGAACAGCUUCAGCAGACCAUACUGCAUGUAUAUGGAGUGUAGAGUGGGGCAAGUGCUUACUGCAAUACACAGGACAUUCAGGAUCAGUGAAUUCCAUUCGUUUUCAUCCUACAAGAGACAUUGCUCUUACUAGCAGUGGUGAUAAUACUGCACAUGUUUGGCAAGCUGCUGUCAAUUGGGAUCUACCGCGGGGACAGUCUUCAGAAGAGGAAUUGGAUGGUGGUGGUGAAGAGAGUCUUGGUGAAGGUGGUGAUAGACCUGAAGUAUUGAGAACACCUCUCACAGAACUGACGGGACAUAUAGGUGUGGUGGUAGCAGCUGAUUGGCUGACCGGUGGUGACCAUGUGAUUACAGCUUCUUGGGACAGGACUGCCAACUUGUAUGAUGUCGAAACUGGUGAUUGCUUACAAAUUCUCACAGGACAUGACCAUGAAUUGACGCAUGCAUCAGCUCACCACAGUUCCCGUUUGGUGGUGACUGCAUCAAGAGACACCACUUUCCGUCUUUGGGAUUUCCGUGAACCUAUUCACUCGGUCUCAGUAUUCCAAGGACAUACUGAGAGUGUAACAUCAGCUGUUUUCACUCGCGAGGACAAAGUUGUUUCGGGCUCUGAUGAUAGAUCUGUCAAGGUAUGGGAUGUGCGCAACAUGCGGUCAGCUCUGGCCACGAUCAGGUCGGAUUCGUCAGUGAACCGAGUGUCUGUGAGCGGCGGCGGCCUCAUCGCCAUCCCCCACGACAACCGCCAGGUGCGCCUCUUCGACUUGCAGGGCCAGCGCCUCGCAAGACUGCCCAGGUCCAGUCGACAGGGUCAUCGUCGCAUGGUGACUUCAGUGGCGUGGGCGGAAGAGAUCUCCAACAUUAACUUCUUCAGUUGUGGCUUUGACCGCCGUAUCCUGGGCUGGUCCAUCCAGCCCUCCAAGGAGAAUUAAUGGAUGAAGAUAUCAUAUCGACUUUGACGAGUUUGUCGUCUAUUGUGAAAUUAUUCUAAUUACGAUUAUUUCUUUAUAUAUUUGGUU